AUGGUUGUGGUUCGCAUCAUCUGCCCCCGCCAGUUUUCUCAUCAGGAGAAAGUGUGGCACUCUCGCUCAGAUUCAACACAACGGCUCCCCAUCCAUUCAUCGCCGCAGCAACUGCCAGCAUCGUGUGCGUCUGUGCAAACCGGCAACAACAACACCACAAGACGCACUACAUGCGCAGCAAAAGCCUCUGGUCGCACCCAAGAUGAACCCCAAAACCCAACCCAGCCCGCCCACCCCCCCCCUUCAACAUCUGCACCAUCACAUGAUGCCCUCGAUGCCCUCGAUGCCCUCGCACAGCCGACAGCACUGCAGCAGUCGAGUGACGCAGACAUGCUGGCGGAUGCCCGUGACAGCGACGGCGGGUGA